UAAAUAUUAAUACCUACCAAAGAUUUAUUUGUAUGAUAAGAGAGUUUUAUUAGAGAGUAGUGAAAGAGAAAAUGGAUUUGUCUAUUGUUAGUGGUAGUGGUGGUGGUGGUGCUUCCGGCGAUGAACAAGAAGCUUCUAAUAACAAUAGAAAGGGAAAGAAAACAUAUCAUCGCCAUACUAAUCGCCAAAUACAACAGCUUGAAGCUUUUUUCAAGGAAUGCCCACAUCCAGAUGAAAAUCAAAGGCGUCAAUUAAGCAAAGAGUUAGGGCUUGAGACUAAACAAAUCAAAUUCUGGUUUCAAAACAAAAGGACUCAGACAAAGUCUCAAAAUGAGAGGGCAGACAAUUCGGUUCUUCGAGCCGAAAAUGAAAGAAUUCAAUGUGAAAACCUUGCAAUUAGAGAGGCAUUGAAGAAUGUGAUUUGCCCAUCUUGUGGAGGUCCUCCUUUUGGAGAAGAAGAACGUCAACAUAGUCUGCAGAAACUUCAGCUGGAAAAUGCUCAUCUCAAAGAAGAGCAUGAAAAAGUUUCUGCACUUCUUGCCAAGUACAUAGGGAAACCAAUUUCACAAAUUAAUUCAUUGAUUCCUCCAAUGCCUGGAUCUUCACUGAUUCCUUCAAUGCCUGGAUCUUCAUUGAUUCCUCCAAUGCCUGGAACUUCAUUGAUUCCUCCAAUGCCUGGAUCUUCAUUGAUUCCUCCAAUGCCUGGAUCUUCAUUGAUUCCUCCAAUGCCUGGAUCUUCAUUGGACAUUUUAGCAGGAGAUUAUCCUAAUCAAAGACUAGGAAUUAAUCCUGCCCUUGAUCUUGAGCUUAAUCCAGUACUUUCUGAUCAUCUUCCAAUCCCCUACCAACUUAAACCAAUUUCAGACAUAGAAAAGUCACUAAUGUCUGAAUUAGCAACUAAUGCUCUUGAAGAGUUGGUGAAACUUCUACGAAUCGACGAACCCUUCUGGAUCACCACUGAAUCUGACCGGAGCUAUGUCAUUAAUCGCGAGAACUACCACAAGACAUUUCCUAAGACUAAUCACUUCAAAAGCACUAAUGCGCGAUUCGAGUCAUCUAAGUACACAGGAAUGGUGACAAUGAACGGAGCAAAUUUGGUAGAAAUGUUCUUAGAUUCGAACCAAUGGGUGGAUUUAUUUCCAACCAUUGUUACUAAAGCUAACAUAAUUCAAGUAGUUGAAACUGGAGCGGUAGGAAAUCGAAGUGGUUGCUUACAGUUGAUGUACGAGCAAAUGCAUAUACUUUCACCUCUAGUUCCACCAAGGGAAUUCUGCUUCCUUCGCCAUUGUCAACAAAUUGAGCCUGGAACAUGGGUUAUUGUUGAUGUUUCCUAUGAUUUCUGGAAAGAAAACAUCUACCUUUCUCGCUCCUGGAGACUUCCUUCUGGAUGCAUGAUACAAGAAAUGCCUAAUGGAUGUUCCAACGUUACUUGGGUGGAACAUGUGGAAGUAGAUGACAAAACUCAAACUCAUAGACUAUACAGAGAUCUCAUAUGUGGUAAUUCUGCAUAUGGAGCUGCAAGAUGGAUUGUCACCCUCCAAAGGAUGUGUGAAAGAUUUGCUUUCACUUCUGGGGAAAUUGCCCCUCCUCGUGAACUUGGAGGAGUGAUUACUUCAUCUGAAGCUAGAAGGCGCAUGAUGAAACUAUCUCAUAGGAUGAUCAAGGACUUCUGUGCAAUGUUAAGCAUGUCAGGUAAGCUAGAUUUUCCUCAAUUGUCUGAAGUGAACAAUAGUGGGGUUCGUGUAUCGGUUCGUCGGAGCGGAGGACCAGGCCAGCAUUUUGGAAUGAUUAUCAGCGCUGCUACUUCUCUUCGGCUUCCUCUCCCUCCUGAGACUGUUUUCAAUUUCUUCAAAGAUGAGAAAACAAGAGUUCAGUGGGACAUCCUCUCCACUGCAAACCCAGUUCAUGAAAUUGCACACAUCCCUAUUGGUACUCAUCCAGGGAAUUGCAUAUCCAUUAUCCGGCCAUUUGCAUCAAACGACAACAAUAUGCUUCUGCUUCAAGAAAGCUGCACAGACGCUUUAGGGUCAUUGGUAGUAUAUGCUCCAAUCGACAUUACAUCCCUCAACAUAGCAAUGACCUCUGAAGACUCGUUGAUAAUACCAAUUCUUCCUUCUGGUUUUGUUAUAUCUGAAGACGGCCGGCCGGACAAUAGUCGUGCUUCAACAAGUGCUGGUGGUGGUGGUGGUUCACUUGUUACCAUAGCCUUCCAAAUCUUGGGUUCUAAUCCUUUGACCAGCUCCGCCUCCUCCUCCACCCCCACCGAGAUGAACAUGGAAUCAGUGGCGAAGGUUAAUACUCUUAUCAGCUCCACUGUUCAGAAAAUCAAGAUUGCUUUGAAUUGCUCCAAUUGAAUUAAUUAGUCUUUUAUUUUCUAAUUAUCAAACUUAAACUAAAACCUUAUCUUCAUUGAAUGAUGGACCUGUUUGAGGAGCUAUUUUUAAAAGUUAAACAUAAUUAUUUAGCUAA